CAGCUCCUGGCCGCAGCAAAAUUGGAUUCCUCUGAGCUGCUAUGAGCCGAGUCUCUCCUCUCUGGGGCUGGGGGCUGUGCCCCUCCAUGUCCAGCGAAUGCACCUGCCCCGAGCCAUGGCCGUGUGGCUACCAGGCUCCUCCCGAACCGCAGGGACUGGGGCACAUCAGCCCCACGGUGGCAGAGGGGCCGGAGGUGAUCGGGGUCUUGGGUGAUGUGGGGCCGCCGCUUCGUGCCCAGCCUCGGGGGUGGUGCAGUGAUGUUGCCCUGCUUACGGUCCCCGAGGCCACCCCCGUUUGGAGGGGGCAUGCGGGAGCUCUCGACGGUGGCAGAGCAUCACAUCGGUCGUCCCACUGUCCCCAGGCUUGGCCGUGACCCCUCAGCGGGCUGGGCAGCCCGGAGGUGCUGCCCCUGCCCUCGGCGAGGGAGGAGGCCCCCGGACUCCUCCUCCGGCCGCUCAGGCGCCUCCAAUGAGCCCCGGGGCACCCGGGCUGCCUGCCCUGCCCUGCCUUCCCUUCCCUCACCCCCUCCUUCCUCCAUCUAAAAAUGGGAGAGACCAGCCAGGCCGCCGGACCGGGGUUGCCUUCCUCCCCCUCUCCUUCUCCUCCCUCCCCGCGCUCCGCCUGCAGCCUCUCCCCGACGGUCGGGAAAGGGACCCCGCGGCCCGGCGGGGACAUCACUGGGCAUCUCACUUUCCCCCUGCUGUCGGUCACCCUUCUGGUGUCUUUUGGCUCCUCCAUGCUCUAUGGCUACAACCUUGCCGUGGUGAACUCACCAGCAGUGCACAUAAAGGCUUUCUACAAUGCCACGUGGUCCCAGCGGUACGGACAUGAGCUGACCCCUGGCCCCUUGACCCUCCUCUACUCCCUGACUGUCUCCAUCUUUGCCCUGGGAGGGCUGGUGGGCUCCCUGCUGGUUGGGAUGCUGGUGGAGCGAUAUGGCAGGAAUGGCGCUCUGAGCCGCAGUGCUCUCCUCGUCCUCCUGGCCGGCGGCUUCAUGGGCUUCAGCCGGGAGCUGGGGUCCCCCGAGAUGGUGAUCAUCGGUCGCUCCAUCACAGGGCUCCACUCAGGUAUCUGUCUCAGCGUGGUGCCCCUCUACCUGGGAGAAAUUGCCCCCAAGAACCUGCGGGGUUUCCUGGGCCUCAUGCCCAGUAUCUUCAUCUGCCUGGGGGUUUUUGCUGCACAGGUCCUGAGCCUCCCAGAGCUGCUGGGUGAGGACAGAUUCUGGCCCCUUUUGCUGUCAGUGGUGGUUGUUCCUGCCUCCCUCCAGCUCCUGCUGCUGCACUGCUUCCCCGAGAGCCCACGAUACCUGCUGAUAGAGAGAAAUGAUGUCUGUGGAGCCACCAAGGCACUGCACCAGUUCCUGGGGACCCCUGAUGUACAGGAUGUGAUCAAGGAGAUGAAGGAGGAGCAGCGGUCACUCUCCUCCAUGGAGAUGGUCUCUGUGUGGCAGCUGCUGCGGGACCGCUCCGUCCACUGGCAGACCCUCUCGGUGGUGGUGGUGAACGCCGGCAUGCAGCUCUCAGGGAUUGAUGCCAUUUGGUUUUACACCAAUGUCAUCUUCGAGAACGUCGGGAUCCCUGUGUCCCAGAUCCCCUACACCACCGUGGGCACUGGUGCCAUUGAAAUCAUCGCUGGGCUGAUUGGGUGCUUCACCAUCGAGAAGGUGGGCCGGCGGCCUCUCAUCAUCACUGGCUUCUGUGCCAUGGGCAUCUGCUCAGCUGGCAUCACUGUCUCCCUGCUGCUGCAGGCUGCCCUGCCCUGGAUGCACUACGUCAGCAUCGCCUGCGUGGUCGGCAUCAUCGCUGGCUUCUGCAUGGGACCAGCUGGUGUCUCCUUCCUGAUGACAGCCGAGCUCUUCACGCAGUCGCACCGCCCAGCUGCCUACAUUGUGGGGGGGUCCCUCAACUGGCUCUGCAACUUCACCAUUGGCUUCAUCUUCCCCUUCCUGCAGAUGUCAGCCGGUGCCUUUUGCUACCUGGUUUUCUGUGGUGUCUGCCUGCUGGUGGCCCUGUACAUCUACUUCAUCAUCCCUGAGACCAAGAACAAAACCUUCAUGGAGAUCAGUCACAUCUUUGCCACCCGCCGCUCCGUCCUCUCCAUCCCAGCCCAUCUCAGAAUGAUGAGGCUCGAUGGCUAUGGGACCUUGGAGAACAGCUCCCUGGAGGGCUCAGGAUCCAGCCUGCCCUGAUCUGGCUGGGCUGGAGGGGAUUGGGAUGGUGGAGGAGGCUCGGGGCUGGAGAAUAAAGUGGGGGCCAAUUUGCUCUGACCUGGUCAGCUCUGGGUCUCCCAGGACAUGUCAACAUGUCACUGUCCUGCAGCCUGUAGCCAGGAUGAUGCACCAGGGUGGCACUGCCCGCUGUGCAUGACCCUCAUGCUGGAAGAGAUGCCCCCACAGAGACAAGGGCACCUCCUGUGACUCUCAUCACUCCUGGGUAUGGAGCCUUGCCAAGAGCUGCCCACAUGAGCUGUUUAAUAAAGACCAUUGCCACCAGA